UUAAAAACAUGGGUGUGUAAACAAUAUUAAAUUCAUUCAUUUCUGUCUCCAGUUUUGACACUGCAAGUGAAUAUCACUCUGCUUCCAUCACUUAACAAUAAGAGGUGUUGCAUUAAGUACAUAGAACACGUGAUAAGUAGUGAACCAGUCAUACUUGUUUGCCAGCACUGACAGUAGUUUCAGCCAUGCUUUCAAGGUUGCACCGCCUAAAGUCGUCACACCUGAAGAGCAGGAAGGGAAGACUUACGGUAACAUCAGAUGACAGGAGGCACUUCAAACCUGAUGGCUGCAACGGGCUCGCUCUCUGAGGAGGACUUACUCUGUCCUCAAUGCUCGGACAUUUAUACCUUGCCUGUUCUUCUCAGAUGUGGCCACAAUAUCUGCAGAGUUUGUUUACAGGCUUUCUGGGAAUGGAAAGGAUGUCGAGAAUGUCCUGUGUGUCGCACCGUGGCCGUCUCUGGGAGGCCUCCUAUCAACUUGGCUCUAAAGAUAGCUGCCGACAGAUUUCAGGGGCGAAAGACCAACAAGAAUGAAGAGGACUGUCGUCUUCACAAUGAGGAGCUGAGGAUGUUUUGUCAGAAUGACGAAGAGCCCAUCUGUCUCGCCUGCCGGACAUCAAAUCAGCACAGAGUUCAUGAGUGCUGCCCGCUGGGGGAGGCGACCCAACAGAAGAAGAAAGAAAUUACGGCCAUGCUGGAGUCCUUGAGGAAAAAGCUCAGAAUACUGAACAAGACAAAGGAGCAAUGGGAGGAGACAAAGACCUAUAUUGAGAACCAAGCUCGUCAGAGUGAGCAAGCGAUCAAGGAGGAGUUUGAGAAGCUUCACAUGUUUCUGUUCGAGGAGGAGGACAUGAGACUGAAGGUGCUCAAACGGGAAGAGGAAGUCAAGAACCAGGUGAUGUCCGAGAAGCUAAUAACCCUCCAGGAGCAGAUCAAAACUAUGUCUUCCACCAUCAGUGAUAUUGAGACAGCUCUCACAGCGAAGGAUUUACCGUUUUUAAAGGACUACAAGCAGACAAAGAAAAGGGCCAGAUGCAACACUCAACAGCCUGAGUGUAUCAGAGACAUCCUGAUUAACACUGCAAAGCAUUUGGGAUCACUCAAGUAUAGAGUUUGGCUGAAGAUGGCCAACAUUGUCAAAUAUGUUCCCAUCACUCUGGAUCCAAACACGGCCCAGUCCAACUUAAAGUUAUCUGAAGAGCUGACCUGUGUACAAUACAGCAAUAAGCAGCCCCUGCCCGACAACCCUGAGCGCUGCACCAGCCGUGUGUGUGUCCUGGGAGCCACCGGCUUCACAUCUGGGAAGCACAGCUGGACGGUAGAGGUGGGCCAGGGCAAAGACUGGCACAUCGGAGUGGUCAGAGAGUCCAUCCAAAGGAAGAGCACUGUCUUCUUCAACCCCACUGAGGGUUUCUGGGUGAUCGGCCUUUGCAAGGGAGACUCAUUCUGGGCUGAGACCUCCCCUCGCACCAAGCUGGCACUGAAGCACAAGCCUGGAAAGAUUACUGUCAAACUGGACUAUGACAAGGGAAAAGUGGUUUUCAUUAACGCUGCUGACUCGACUACGAUACACACAUUCAUUGACAGAUUUAAAGAGAGGGUUUUCCCGUACUUCUCCCCUGGGUUGUGUGAAGACGGGAAAACCUCCUGCCCACUGACCAUCUGUCCUCAGACAAUAACAGUGGAUGUAGAGUAGACACACACCUCAGUACGAGUGUGUUAUAGCUGCCACAGCUGAUACAAAUAAGGGACAAGUCGCAGUUUAAAAGGGGCAGUUCACCCCUGAAUCUAAUACACAUACUUUUCCUCUUACCUGUAGUGCUAUCUAUCCAUCUAGAUUGCUUUGGUGUAAGUUGCAGCUGUAGAGAUGUCUGCCUCCCCUCGAAUAUAACAGAAGUAGAGUCCUCUCAGCUUGUGGUGCUCAAAGCGCAAAGAAAAUCCAUUUAACCCUAACCCAAACAGCAAUGUCUCUUUCCAGAAAUCACGACCUGGCUACUCAAGAUAACCCACAGACCAUGUUGUGAACUGUUUCAUGUAGGAAUUAUUUACUUUCUUCUUCAUUGUAUACCUGUACUGUAAGACUGCACAGAAGGAGGCAUUCAUCCACACAUUGCCAAAAUAUGUAAGAACUGGUCUCCUGUCAAAAUUAGAGGAGGCAACAUAUUAAGAGAGUAACUGUUUACUGCUGCUAACUGAAGCUGCAAUUUACUAGUUAGCUCAGUUAUCAGUACAGGCAGCGGUCCACACUGGGAGCUCUGCAUCUCUAUAGUUAAUACUACCAUGAACUUACACCAAAACAAUCUAGAUGG